CACCAUGAGUCUGUGACGCAGCAAGAUGGUCUACCGGCCCUUCGGACUAUCAUCACAGCGCCGUCAUGAGCUACCCCUACCAGUACUCGCCCCCGGGCCAGCCUGGCCCUCCACACCCACCUCAGCGACAACCACAAGCUCCACCAAACGGAUAUGCGCCGAACGGGUAUCCAGCCCAGAACCAGGCUUCGCAAAUGCCCCCACAAACACCUAUGCAAUAUGUCAAUCCGCCUAGGUCUCAACAACAGGCCACACGACCUGGUCAAAUCCGGCACCCCCAAGUCGUGAUUCAUACUCCCUCAAGAUCUGCCUCUGUGCUAUCGACGACGCCACAAGCCUCCCCAAGUCCAGGCGGAGCGACCGAUUACAAUCCAUUGCUUCUCUUGCUCGCAGAGGAAUACAUAGAAGCUGCGCACGGGAUGGGCCCGACGGUGUCCCUGACCCAUCAGGAUCAGGAGACCUACUACAAGCUUAUGUCAACGGGAAUGGGAUGCAUGGAUGCUGUACUGCUCAAUUACAAACUGCAUCCGGCCACAGAAGGGCAAAUACGGCUUCGCUUUGCUACUCUAUUACAUAAUGAAACGAACAACGAUGCAAAGACAGAUCAAGUACUAAAUCACGGGAUCAUGCUAUGUCAAAGGCACCGACUUCUCGACUUGAAGUAUAGCAUGCAGCAUCUUCAAGCACGUGCCCUGGCGAAAAAAAAUCCAGGCGCCGCGAUCAAGACCUUGGACAAGGUCAUAAAGGAGGCCGAAGACUAUGGACAUGUUGCCUGGGUAUACGCGCUUCGGUUUCUGUGCGUCUCACUAUCCCAACAAAUGCCCUCGCAGCGUGGUUAUUCGACUUCGCUUCAUCAUCUGGAGGCGAUAUCAAAAAUCUCGGACGACCAUAGGGACAUGGCAGUAUAUGUCGUCUCUGCUGCGUUCAAGGCUCUCCUGCACCUGCGAACCCCAGGAACAGAGAGCAUGGUGGAGGCUCAGCGCGCGAUUGCUGACGCGCGACAAUACCAGCUUGACCAGUCGGUGCUGGGAUUGACGCAAAUUAUGACGCUUCUCAGUCUCUUGGAUGUUGUUUGUAGCCUUCAGAGCCACAGAAAAGAAGAAAUUCUUGAAAAGACAAUGGCCAUGCACCAGUUCCUAGAUAAGCCGGAUCUUGCGGAACAGAGGAAAGACGAAGGUUUCCUGGGUGUACCAAUCGAGCGCAGCUCUAGCGGUCAACUUCACAUAUCAUCCGGGGGGAUCUUUAGAAAGACCGCCGACGGACGAGACCAGCUCGUCUUCGCCUGGGUCUGUCGCCGGGAUGUCUAUUGCCUUGGCUACUACUUAUCCGGUGUAGCGACGAGCCUGUACUACGAAAGGCAGCCUAUUACCUACCUUCAGGAAGCAAUUAAGCUGAUUCGGGGUAGCUUGGUACAGCAUGAGGCACACCCCGAGUCGAUAUCCGGGAUGUCAAGUCUUACGAACUGGCGAACCCUGAUCGACUGGUACCUUAGGUUGCAAUUGGCCUUCUAUUUCUGCUCUCGAGCGGACUGGCCAGCCGCGAGAAAUACCCAGAUAUUCUUGCAGCUAACUGCCAGCCAUUGCUCCUUGGGAGAUGCGAUACAUCGUGAGCGUUUAGCGACUUAUCUAGGCGGUGCAAUCGAUCAGGGCGCUGGUCGGCUUGACUCUGCUCUGCGGUCAUACCAAUCAGAUAUUCUGGCUCUCCCUGACACUGCCCUUGUCAACGACCCAAGCACCGACGUCGCCAUACUCGCCGCCCUGAACACUCUUCUUAUCAUCCGAGAGCCCUCGCAUCCUCAGCACUUCCAGUUCGGGCUCCUCAUGGCCCAGCUCGGACCUUUCUGUACUUCUCACAGAUCAAGAGGUAUUGUUGCAGCAUUCCAAUUGAUCAAGGGCUGCAUCGAUAACGACAGAACCGUGAACUCUACAACCUACAUCCAAACAGCCAUGCAUACCGCCAAAACGAUAUCGAACCAGCAGCUUACAUGCAUGGCUUUUGCCGCAUUUACACUCCAUUUUGCCACUGGUAGACUGGAUGGAGACGCUGUGAGAGCUCAUGAAGCCUUCCCGAAGCUCGCAGUCCGCGCGAGAAGCAAACUGUGGGAGUGCACGGCUAACGGGAUGUUGGCGACGCUGCUGGAAAAGCGAGGGAAUGGGCAGGAGGCUGCAGCGAUCCGGAGGGAGAUUGAAGAGUUGAGAGAGAGCUUACCCGAGGACUUGAGAGGCCACUGA